AUGAAUUUUGCAAUGUCAACUGUGAAGUUUGAACUGGAUUAUCUUUCUUCUGAAGGCUUCAGACAUGAGCAUGCUUCAAACUCAGAUUUUACUUUAACCUCUUUGACUGAACUCUCUGGUGAUUCUAGUCAAUUGGAACUUCAGCACUCCAAUUCUGUUCCUGCUGGCCUGCAAAAGUACUCAUCUCAUCAUGGGCUUGAGAAGAGUGUGUGGGCUGCCAAUGGCAUAUAUAAUGAAGGUAUGAAUGUAAGCAAGAGUGAGAUAGCAAAAGAAACUCCCUUAAAACCAUCUCGGAGGUCCCUGCCUUGCCUGGCCCAGAGCUUUGCCUACUCAAAGAGCCUGAGCCAGUCCACCUCACUCUUCCAGUCCAUUGAGAGUGAACCCCAGGCUCCCACUUCUGUGACCUCAAUCUCCGCUGACAAAGCAGAGCAAGUUAACCCUGAGGAGGAUAAAAAAGACUCUGUACUUAAAUGCUCUUUUGCUGACCUCAGUGACUUUUGCUUAGCCCUAGGAAAAGAGAAGGAUUACCUGGAUGAAUCAGAACAUGCUAAUUAUGACCGAUCUCGGCUAAUUAAAGAUUUUGUUCCCAAAGAUGAUUCUGAAUCCAAGAAAAGAUUGUCUAAGAAUGACAUGAAUUACAUAGCAUCCAGUGGACUUCUAUUCAAAGAUGGCAAAAAGCGGAUUGAUUACAUUCUGGUUUAUAGAAAAUCAAAUAUACAGUUUGACAAAAGAAAUACAUUUGAAAAGAACCUCAGGGCAGAAGGCUUGAUGUUGGAAAAGGAGCCAGCCGUUGCAAAUGCUGAUAUCAUGUUUAUUAAAAUCCACAUUCCAUGGGACACGUUGUGCAAGUAUGCAGAGAGGCUGAAUAUCAGGAUGCCCUUCAGGAAAAGAUCCUAUUACACUGACCCACGGAGCAAAUCAACAGGCAGUAUGCACAAUUAUUUUAGAAGACUCAAAAAAUGGAUGUCCCAAAACCCAAUGGUUCUGGACAAGUCAGCUUUUCCAGACCUGGAGGAGUCAGACUGCUACACUGGCCCCUUCAGCCGGGCGCGGAUUCACCACUUCAUAAUAAACAAUAAGGACACCUUCUUCAGCAAUGCUACUCGAAGCAGGAUAGUCUACCACAUGCUUCAGCACACCAAAUAUGAAAAUGGAAUAUCAAAAGUGGGUAUCUGUAAACUGAUAAACAAUGGCUCAUAUAUAGCAGCUUUUCCCCCACAUGAGGGAGCCUACAAGAGUAGCCAGCCCAUCAAAACCCAUGGACCUCAGAAUAACAGGCAUCUAUUAUACGAGCGCUGGGCACGCUGGGGAAUGUGGUACAAGCACCAGCCCCUGGAUUUAAUCAGGCUGUAUUUUGGUGAGAAGAUUGGGCUAUACUUUGCGUGGCUGGGAUGGUAUACUGGAAUGCUGAUUCCUGCAGCACUGGUUGGCUUGUGUGUUUUCUUCUAUGGAAUAUUUACAAUGAAUGCAAGUCAAGUAAGCAAAGAAAUUUGCAAGGCUACUGAAGUCUUCAUGUGUCCUCUCUGUGAAAAGAACUGCUCACUACAGAGACUCAACGAAAGCUGUAUCUAUGCCAAGGUGACAUACUUGUUUGAUAAUGGAGGGACAGUCUUCUUUGCUAUUUUUAUGGCAAUAUGGGCCACAGUCUUCCUGGAGUUUUGGAAAAGAAGAAGGAGUACACUGACCUAUACUUGGGACCUUAUUGAAUGGGAAGAAGAAGAGGAAACACUUCGUCCCCAGUUUGAAGCAAAGUAUUACAAGAUGGAGAGAGUGAAUCCCAUUAGUGGAAAACCUGAGCCACAUCAGCCUUCUUCAGACAAAGUCAGUCGUCUUCUUGUUUCUAUAUCAGGAAUAUUCUUCAUGAUUUCUUUGGUGAUCACUGCAGUGUUUGCAGUUGUGGUGUAUCGCCUGGUUGUCAUGGAACAGUUUGCAUCAUUCAAAUGGAAUUUCAUCAAACAACACUGGCAGUUUGCAACAUCUGCUGCUGCUGUCUGUAUCAAUUUUGUAAUCAUCAUGGUCCUGAAUCUUGCUUAUGAAAAAAUUGCUUAUCUUCUCACUAAUUUAGAAUAUCCUCGAACAGAAUCUGAAUGGGAAAACAGUUUUGCCCUGAAGAUGUUCCUCUUCCAGUUUGUUAACUUAAACAGUUCUAUUUUCUAUAUCGCUUUCUUUUUGGGGAGAUUUGUAGGCCACCCAGGAAAUUACAAUAAACUUUUUAACCGGUGGAGACUGGAGGAAUGUCAUCCUAGUGGCUGCUUGAUAGACCUCUGCCUCCAGAUGGGUGUUAUCAUGUUUUUGAAGCAAAUAUGGAACAACUUCAUGGAAUUGGGAUAUCCGUUGAUACAGAAUUGGUGGUCACGACAUAAAAUCAGGCGGGGAAUACAAGAUGCUUCUAUACCUCAGUGGGAAAAUGAUUGGAAUCUGCAGCCCAUGAAUAUUCACGGACUAAUGGAUGAAUACUUGGAAAUGGUUUUGCAAUUUGGCUUUACCACCAUAUUUGUUGCGGCUUUUCCUCUGGCCCCUCUUUUGGCUUUGUUAAACAACAUCAUUGAAAUCAGGCUGGAUGCAUACAAAUUUGUCACCCAGUGGCGGAGGCCUCUGCCAGCCAGAGCAACUGACAUAGGUAUCUGGUAUGGAAUUCUUGAAGGAAUUGGUAUACUGGCUGUGAUCACCAAUGCAUUUGUAAUUGCUAUUACAUCUGAUUACAUCCCACGUUUUGUCUAUGAAUACAAAUAUGGCCCCUGUGCAGGUCAUUUUGAAUAUGGUGAAAAUUGUUUAAAGGGCUAUGUCAACAAUAGCCUAUCCUUCUUUGAUCUGAGUGAGCUUGGCCUGGGAAAAUCUGGUUAUUGCAGGUACCGAGACUACAGAGGUCCCCCUUGGAGUUCCAAACCUUAUGAGUUCACCUUACAGUACUGGCAUAUCCUCGCUGCUCGGCUGGCCUUCAUUAUCGUGUUUGAGCACCUUGUGUUUGGGAUCAAGUCAUUCAUUGCAUACCUGAUUCCAGAUGUACCGAAGAACCUUUAUGACCGAAUACGACGGGAAAAGUACUUAGUCCAAGAAAUGAUGUAUGAAGCUGAGCUAGAGCAUUUGCAACAACAGCGGAGAAAAAGUGGUCACCCUGUUCACCAUGAAUGGCCUUAGUAGAUACCAAUUGCCAAGUGGGGGCAAUGCCAUCAGUGGGAAUGAUAGCAACUUCAAAGUCUAGGUGGGAGCUAGGAGGAAAGCAUUCCUGCCAAAACAUGUGUCUAAUAUUAUUCUUGGAAAUGCAUCAGAUCCAUCUCUUGGAUUUAGAAUAUCCAAGCUUCCAGGGAAAAU